GGAAACGUGAACUGGUUGGGGGUGAACCGUGGGCUUUUGCUUCGGACUAUGCUUCCUCCGUACAGUCAUCCAGCUUCCCUGGUUUCCUGGGUGCUCGGGAGCUACUGGGGGCCGACUGGAAGGAGCUAGGUUAAAAAUGGGAGCAACCAAACUUUCCUGAUUUUAUGUAAUGGAACUAAAACAUUUGUAAUCUCUGGAGCCAUUACUGAUCAGACUCUAUGUGCAGUGUAUACAGAUUUUCUGUGCUGGGGUGUUAUUUGACCAAACAUUAAUUUAAUUUUAGGAUUAUACCACAUUCUUCCUUGAGACCCAGUAAUAUAACAGGCAUGUGUAAUUUCAGUUUAAAUUGUGCUUUAGUGAUAUUGUACAUAUGCCCAAACAAAAUUUCAAUGAAAUGACAAGUUGAAGACCAGAAAGUAUGUGAGUAUUUUGUGAGUUUUUUUCUGAUGACGAGUUCAGCCAUGGCUACAGACUGUGAAAGUUGCUUCAAUCUCAGCACGUUGCUAAUAGGCAUCUGACCAAACAUUUUUAAUGGAAUGAGGGUUAGUCAUCCAUAUCAGAACAGUUAAUCCGGUGUCAGUUACUGUUAGUAGAGGAUCACUGAACUGUAAUUUCUUACCAUCAGUUAAUUUCAACAUUACUGCGUGACAGACAGUCAUGCUGUUUUGGAGCAUGGGUGGGUCAGUCAGUCAGACCCGGGAGGAACCAGAUGAUUGUGCAAUAUCAGCCUGAAUUAUAAGAGGGAAGUAAAAGAAUGACAGUGACAGUACAGAGACUGAUUGAACAAGGCAUUAUUGAGAUUGUCAUUCAUCAUGGCGGAGUGGUCCUUCCUGUCUGCUUUGUUGGACAAGGUUCAGUCACAUUCCACUGUAGUGGGGAAAGUCUGGAUGAGUGUUCUUUUCCUCUUCAGGAUCUUCAUCCUGGCUGCUGGCGUAGAUAAAAUAUGGGGAGACGAACAAGCAAACAUGAAGUGUAACACCGAAAGUCCUGGUUGCAAAAACGCCUGCUAUGAUCAGUCCUUCCCCAUAUCUCAUGCACGCUUCUGGGUCCUCCAGAUCCUCUUUGUCUCCACACCAACACUUAUCUAUCUGGGCCACGUUCUGCUCGUGAUUCGCAGAGAAAACAAGCUGAGGAGAUGCAUGGAGAAGAAAACUGCUAAGAAUGGAAUGAUGAAAGCCCCAAAAUAUUCAAAUGAACAUGGAAAAGUGCAGCUCAAGGGAGUCCUGCUAGUCAGCUACAUGAUGCAGCUGCUGUUCAAGAUCCUGCUUGAAGUGGCAUUCAUUGUAGGCCAGUACUACCUCUAUGGCUUCAUACUUAUGCCUAGUAAGAUUUCAUUUCCAAACUAUCCCUGUCCAGCACCAGUAGACUGCUUCAUAAGUCGCCCCACAGAGAAGAGCAUCUUUAUCAUGUUUAUGUUGGCUAUGGCCGUUCUCUCUGUGAUCCUCAACAUUUUGGAGAUUUUCCACCUGAUGAUCUCAAAGAUGAAGGUGAAGAAAAAGAGGACCAGUGACUUCACUACUGCAGAGAACAAACCAAACAGCAGUUCAACUGAAAGAGUUACACUUUGUUGAAUGAUUGUGAAAGGACGCUCAGCAUCGAUUCUAUUCUUCUUGUUUCAGUGAAUAUUGUUAGACACAGAAAUUGAGAUAAGUUGCAUAAAUUGUGCUGCCAAGUGCAUCUUGUGUGCCUACACUAAUACCUUAUAAACCUUCUUGAAAAAAAUAUUGGGACACCUGACCACAGGAUUUUGGAGUGUUUCUGUGAGUAUAUUUGCAGCAGAGCAUUUGUGAGGUUGGGCACUGAUGUUGGAAGGCCUGGUUCCAAUCUCCAUUCCAGUUCAUCCCAAAGGAGUCUGAUGGAGUUGAAGUCAGGGUUCUGUGCGGGCCAGUCUAUUUCCUCCACACCAAAAUCAUCUAACCAUUUCUUAAUGGCCCUUGCAUUGUGCACUGAGGCACAGUCAUGCUGGAAUUACAAUAGGGCAUUCCCCAAACCGUUGUCACCACGUUGGAAGCAUAGUCUGGUCCAAAAUGUCUUUGUAUGCUGAAGCAUUAAGAUUCCCUUCACUGGAAGUAAGGGGCUUAGCCAAACCCCUGAAAAACAGCUCUAUUCCACACCUGAUUUUAAUAUUAAAGAUGUGUCCCAAUACUUUUGUCCAUAUAGUGUAAAUCAGGUCUUUGGUAAGAUGUAGAAAAGACUGUUUUCAACCCAAACUGCAUCUAUGUGGUCAAUGUAAAUAGGAGACAAUCUGAUCCAAAAAGUAUAGAAUGUAGUGUAUCCUUGUGGGACACUUAAAUGUAAGCAGAAUGUUUUAUAUUAAGCUGGCAGGAAUUAUGACGUCGAUCACUCCAUUUUUUAACUGUAAUAAAUCUGUCUCAUCCUAUAUUUUUUGUUUGAUUGACGCAAAACUUGCUACACUGCUUCUUAAGACACCACAAAUGAUGCAGCCAGAGUUUUGAAUUAUCAAAAACUGAGGCCACAGUACAUCAUAAUGAUCAACUGUAAAGACAUACAGCAAAUUCUUGCUAAAUUAAUCCUUAGUAUUCAUGAUAGAAAAUAUCAUGGUAGAUGUGUCAAAUCAAUCACCAAUUUUAUCUCCAAAACUUAUUUUUUAACUAUUGUCAAUGGAAAAUAGCAUCUUUCAACUUCAAUUUCUCAUGUAUGGAGCAAUCAGUCUUUGUAAAAACAAAAAAUAAAACAAAAACAAACAAACAAAAAACCAGGACAAUACAGACUACCUAGGUCAUGGUGUCAUAGUGUGAAACCACUGAUAAGCGAAAAGUCCAGGGCUUGUUCUUGGUGCCUUGGUGUGUUUAAGGUUGUGGGCUUGAGCCCCAGUCAAUGGAGAAAGUAUGAUUACUAAUCAGUAAAUGUGCUCAGGACCCUCUAUUUGGCAUGUCUUAUCUACCCUGUUAUGUCCCACUUCCAACACACCAGAUUCAAAAGAUCUGCUCAUCAUGAAGUGCUGCUGAAGCCUGUUAAGAACCCACUUAUUUGAAGCUGGUGUGUUGGAGCAGUGACACCUCUUCAACACAGAGAGCAGGGUCUCCCAUGACCAGGACUGGAUUAGAUACAUUUGAUUUCAAAGAGUUUUUAAUUUAGAAAUUUUAAGUAAUUAUAGUCUAGGCUGGUCUGCUGGUGGACCCUCAAGUAUUUGUCAUAUCCAUGUGUGAAGUCAAUUCAUAAUUCAUGCCUACUCAAAGCUCUUCUCUGGGUAGCUCAACAUAUUCAUGAAAAAUUAUUAGUGACAACACAUAGUAGAUAUACAGUUCUAUUCACAAUAAUAGCAGUCCAACAUCGCUAACCAGAUCAAUCACUGUUUUUGGUAGAAAUUACAUUUCUACAUGGCAAAUAAUUUACUGGUAGGUGUAGGAGAGUAACGAAACCAAAAGAUCCAACAGUCAUGACAUGCAUACUGCUGAUUCUGUGUAACAGAACCAUUAAGAAGAACCACUCCCUACAGUGGUUCACAGGGGAGAACCACUCCCCACAGUCAUAUUAAUACUCACAUUUCUCAACAGUAAGUAUUAUGGGCGAUUUCAGUAUCCAUGUGGACAAUGGUAACGAUAGCCUUUGCACAGCAUUUAUCUCUUCAUUAGAUUCAAUCGGCUUCUGUCAGUGUGUACAUAAACCCACUGACUGUUUUAAUCACCCUCUUGACCUUGUUCUGACAUAUGACAUUGAAGUAGAACAUUUAAUAGUCUUAGAACAAAAUCCUCCUUUUCUGACCAUUGUUUAAUGACUUUUGAGUUUGUAUUACUUGACUACAUACCACCAAGAAAAAAACUCUACACUAGAUCUCACUAGUAUCUAUAUCACUAGUAUCUCACACUAGAUACCUGUCUGAUAGUACUGUGGCUAAAUUUAAGGAAGCAAUUGUAUUGUCAUUUACUACAGUAUCAUGUCCCGGUACUGCAGAACAUUACAAUAUUAAAGACUUAUAGUCCCUCUCAAAUCGACCAUUGUGUGGACAGUGCAAGAAUUUAAACAUUAGAGACAAAAUUCAACACCUACUGAUCUCAGAUGGUAUUGAUCUACUAUCAAACACUGGAAACAGCAGUAGAACCAGAUAAUUAUCUUGACUGCUUUACUCUCAUUGACCUUCACCAGUUAAAUUCAUUCAUAUUUCCAUCUAAACCAACAGCAUACCUCUUAGACCCUCUCCCAUCUAAGCUGCUCAAAGAAGUUUUACCUUUACUUAGCACCUGUCUAUUAUGUAUCAUCAAUCUGUCCCUAAUCACAUGCUAUGUACCCUAGUCCUUUAAAGUAGCUGUAGUCACUUGACCCAGACAUUUUAAGCAACUAUAGACCAAUAUCAAAUCUUCCAUUUCUCUCUAAGAUCCUUGAGAGAACAGUCGCCAAUCAGCUAUGUGACUUUCUACAUAGUAAUAGCUUAUCUGAGGACUUUCAAUCGGGCUUUAGAGCUCAUCAUAGCACAGAAACAGCAUUGGUCAAAGUCAGAAUUGACCUCCUCCUGGCAUCAGACAAGAGACUUAUCUCUGUCCUUGUACUGUUAGACCGUAGUGCUGCAUUUGACACCACUGACCAUUCCAUCUUACUACACAGAUUGGAACACCGCCUAACAAUGGCAUUAAAGGAACUCCAUUAAGCUGGGUUUAUUACCUCCAGGCUGGAUCAUUGUAACUCUCUUUAAUCAGGUUGCCCCAAUAAGUCUCUAAAGACACUAGCAACUGCACAAUUACUCACAAGAACUAGCAUUAGAGAUCAUAUUUCUCAUCAUAUCAUAUUGGCUUCUCUCCAUUGGCUAUCUGUAAAAUUCAGGAUAGAGUUUAAAAUUCUUCUCAUCACAUAUAAAGCCCUGAAAGGCCAGGCACCAUCAUAUCUUAAAGAGUUGAUAGAACCCUAUUAUCCCACCAGAGCUUUAUGUUCUCAAGAUGCAGGAUUACUUGUGGAUCCUAAAGUCUUCAAAAGUAGAUCGGGAACCACAGUCUUUAGUUAUCAAACUCCUCUAUUGUGGAACCAUCUUCCAGUUUCGGUCCGGGAGGCGGACACCCUCUCCACGUUUAAGAGUUGACUUGAAACUUUCCUUUCUGAUAAAGCUUAUAGUUAGGACUGGCCUAGACUAUGCUGCUAUAGGCUCAGACUGCCGGGGGAUCACCCACGACGCACUGAGCUCUCUCUUCCUCUCCUUCUGCACACAUUUAUGUCCCAUUAAUGCAAGUC